AGCUUAAUUAGCGGCUUUUUGGCUCUUCACCAAUAUUUUAAUCCUAAGCCAAAUGGGGUUUAUGCUUGGCUUGUGGAUGGGACUUUGGAGCAUUGACUUUUAGUUGGUGAAGGCUGUGGGGUGUUGCAGAAGCAAAAGACAAAGAUUCCUCAACGAGGAAGAGCUUGCUUUUGCUUUGGGAGGGUCAGACUCAGCUAGCCACACACAAAAAUGACAAACCCCCCUUUGACAUAGGCGAGCGACUUUGAAACUCUCUGUUACUUUCUCUUCCUUUUAUGCAGUUUUGCGACGAUUAAAGCGAUUACAUGUGCCGGCACUUGUCUCUUUGGUGUCAAACCCGAAUCCAAAGCCCCAAUCUUUGAGACCACACUCCAGAGUCAACCAUUUCCCCUUCAUUUUCCAUCCGAUCACUCUCAUAUAUUCUCUCUUAUAUACCCACCCGUGUACCCUAGAGCUAGCUACCCACGAAGUUUCCCACCUCACUUCCUACUCGUUGUUCACCUCGCUUUCCCUUUUCCCUUUUUCCGGAUCUUCUUGCCCUUCACCCAAUACCCCCUUUUAAAUACGACCUCGUCAUAGUUACCAUUCAUCCUCAGCCCUAUUCGUUGACGCUUGCUAUUUCUCUCUCCGGGCGGCUCCUUCACUUCUAUCUCAGUUGUCUCUGGCAACUUUCGUGUCAAUGGGACUUAACAAUUGGCAAGGUAAAAGGACAAGCUUGAAGAGAAAGUCACCAGAAAAUGGAGACUGUCCUCUCACCAACUGCCCUUCUCUAGACGACCUUAAUGAAGACCUCUUUGAAAGGGUGCUCUCAUGGCUGCCAACUUCUACAUUCUUCCGCCUUAGCACCGUGUGCAAAAGAUGGAAAUCAGCUGCAGCCUCUGCGAGUUUCAAGCUCGCCUGCUCUCAGAUUCCUUCUCGGGAUCCUUGGUUCUUGAUGGUCGCUCCCAAUCUCAACCAAUCCAUCGUCUUUGACUCUGCCGAAAGCUCCUGGAAAAGACUCAACAAUGCUCCUCCUCUGCAGGAAGAUUCUGACCAAGGUUGUAUGCCAGUGGCUGCCUCAGGUGGCUUGAUUUGUUACCGCGAAUCAUCUGGAAACUUUAUUGUAUGCAAUCCUGUGACCGGAAGUCGUAGGCAUCUUCCUCCUCCGCAUUUAGCCCAACAGAAUCAACCCCUUAAUGCCAUUGUCAUGACUUCAUCUAUCUCCACCUACAAGAUAGUGUUAGUCUUCGGUGAACUUCCAUUUCUCUCUUUCAUAUCCUACGACUCAAACCGUGGUUGCUGGGAAGAUGAGACUUCGCUGAGGAGAAAGGUUGAUGACAACUCUAUGGAAUAUGAUUCAAACGAUGAUAAUGUUGUAUACUUCCUAAGUAAGGCUGGAAAUGUCGUGGCAAGUAACAUGCAGAGAAGCCCUUCUAAGCAAUACUCAUCAGUUAUUACUAACAAAGAUGGUGAGGAUAUACUCUACUUCCUAAGCUCCUCAGGGACAGUAGUAGCUUGCAAUCUGACAAACAAGUGCUUCUCUGAGUAUCCAAGGUUGUUGCCUGCAUUCUGUGAGUACUCCAUUGAUGUUGUAGAGUGUAAUGGUGAGAUGCUGGUAGUCCUGUUGUCGGAGUUCUUGGAAAGCACGAGUCUUCGGGUGUGGAAGUACGAUGAGGCCGGGCGAUGCUGGCACCAGAUUGCAGCCAUGCCUGCAGCAAUGUCUCAUGAGUGGUAUGGUAAGAAGGCAGAUAUUAACUGUGUGGGGGUGAAUGAUCAGAUAUUUGUAUGCUUGAAUUCUCCUGAGCUAUGCACUUAUGUUGUGUGUGAUUUGAGGACUAAAGAAUGGAUUGAAUUGCCAAAAUGUUGCAUUAAAGGCCAAGACAUGGAGUUUAUGUCUGCCUUCUCGUUCGAGCCCAGGAUAGAGGCUUCUGUAUGACACAGCAAGAACGCCUUGCCCUGCCUGCCCUUUCGAUCUUUGAUUGUUGUUAUGCUAUUGCUAGCUCAUUUUUUUCAUCUUCCUUGAGGUUUACAUGAGUCAGUAUUGAAGCAAAUAGCUAGCGGAGAUUUGUAUGAAACUAACCCAGUGACUGAUAGGUAACUGAGAUCUUCGGAUUAUCUUCAUUGAUUGUUAGAUGUACGUUGUUUCUGUGAUUAUUAUUGUUAAAAUUAUCAUUAUUAUUAUUUAUUAAUUAUUAAUGAAUGAUGUCCCUGAGAAUUCUUUCUCCUUUA